AUGGCCUCCUUUUUCAUGACUGCCCUGAAGAGCUCACCCAAGGGGCCCCCCAGGGAUGGCAGGGUGGGCACCCUGCCCAACGGCAUGGCCUGUGAGGAGUUUGAGGAGUACCAGCGGCAGCUGCUGGAGGAGAAGGUCGAGCGGGACAAGGCAUUUGCACAGAGGAAAGCAGGCCGGGCUGCCGUGCGGAUGCACCUGCGGGACAAGUACCAUCUGGCCCAGGACGAGCGGGAUGGUGGCCAGCUGCAUGUGGCUGGUGGCACGGCAGAGCUGCCGCAAGAGCUGGCUGCCAUGGUGCAGGGUGAGGAGGAGGAGGAUGGCGACACCGGGGUCUUCACCUUCUUGACGAAGCUGCGGGAGGUGGAGCUGCAGGCACUGUGGGACCGUGCGCUGGGCGGUGUGGAGGGGGUGAAGGAGAAGAGCUCCCUGAUGUAG